CACAACAACUCAAAAACCGACACAUCACACAUCAUACGUUUUGUUUGUGCCACACACGCCAAAAACGCCAACUCCGAAUCGAGUCGCGUCGAGCUCCACAUAAAUGCAACAAAGCCCAGCCUUCGCGUAUAGGGAGCUGGAGACCUCGCCGCGCGCCAUGUACAUGCGCGACUGGCGCUCUGCUCUGCGAACACCCACGUAUCGUAUCGGAAAUCGAACAGUCCGAUUCAAUUAUCACUUUGCCCUGCUGGUAGUCUGCGUUGUGGCUCUGGUGCUUCUCUUCUACUUCGCCCGCCAGGGCUCCCGCUCCUCCUCCGAUGGCUACUGGCUCCGCAAGAGCAUCGUCGAGGCCAAGAGCCUGGAUGGCAGAGCCGUCAUGGAGGCGUACAACUUCACCUACCCACUGACGCCCCCCUUGGGGUUGCGUGGCGGAGUCAUCAACUACCGGAUCGCCAUGAUAGCAGAUCUAGAUAAGAGCUCGAAGAUAGCUAAGGCCGACGGCAGCAGUACGUGGCGGAGCUACCUCAAGAAGGGCUACCUCACGUUCACCGUGUCGAAGCCGGAGAUCCAAAUAAGCUGGGACGACGAGGCUCCCACGGCGCUGGAGUCGGCCUUUUCGCUGAAGGGACGUGGCAUGGAGUUGUCGGAGCUGGUGACCUUCAACGGGCGCCUGCUCAGCUUCGACGAUCGCACGGGGCUCGUCUACGAGAUAGUCGGCGAUAAGCCCAUUCCCUGGGUGAUACUGCUCGACGGGGAUGGACACAGCGCCAAGGGAUUCAAGUCGGAGUGGGCGACGGUCAAGCAGCAGACGUUGUACGUCGGCUCCAUGGGCAAGGAGUGGACCACGGGCAUGGGCGACUUCGAGAACAACAAUCCCAUGUAUGUGAAAGCCAUAUCGGCCAGUGGGGCAGUGCGCUCCCUCAAUUGGGUGGACAACUACAAGCAGCUGCGUCAGCAGUCGCUGCAAAUCUCCUGGCCCGGCUACAUGAUACACGAGAGUGGCGCGUGGUCGGACCAAAAGCAGCGUUGGUUCUUCCUGCCGCGUCGCUGCUCCAAGGAGAAAUACAACGAAACGAAGGACGAGCACAUGGGCUGCAAUGUCCUGGUGUCGGCCGAUGAAAACUUCAACAGCAUUCAGACGAUUCGGCUCGAUCCAGAGAACACCGCGCCCACGCACGGCUUCUCCAGCUUCAAGUUCCUGCCGGGCACCGACGACAGCAUCAUCAUCGCCAUCAAGUCCGAGGAGCUCAAUGGCAAGACCUCAACCUUCAUCACGGCGUUUGACGUGGCGUCGGGCAAGACCCUCUUGCCGGAGGCGCGCAUCGAAACAGACUAUAAGUACGAGGGAUUCGAGUUCAUUUAGCUUCUGCUGCCAGCUGCCAUCUCCCAGUCUAAGAAGGUGCUCCAGUUGUAAUUGUAUAUAUUGUGUUCCACGUAUUAGUUUCUCGUCUCAUACCAUAAGCUUUAUAUUUAUAGUCCAAGAUUUAGGUUAAUCCAGAGAUGCUCAUCUUUCGCCUCUUGUACCAUAGCGCAAA